UUGUCAUCUCGCGGUCGGGCUGUCGCUUGACUCUUUAAUCCGCCUUUCCCCCGUGGUCGCCACAAGACAUUUCUGUAAAUAGUACGUCUCCUGAAAUAUGGGAUGUCUGCAUACCCAGUACGCUAAGACCUCUUGUAACGACACUCCACUCUUUCUUUGUACUUGAAUUUAAAAACUUCGCCGCGUGGCCGCCCAAGCACAUGUCGUCUAUGCUGCUCCUCGUCUUAUAGAGGCCGCGAAAUCGUCCCUCUUCGCAUGAUUAUAACCUAAAACUCCCCGAACCACUUCUCCGCAGUUGGCCGUUUCCCGCUCCCCUCAGAGGGGGUCUAGGACGAUUUGAGCAGUGGCAGCUGGUCACCUUCUUAACCCGUUGCCAUGUCUCAACCCGUGGAGGACCCGAGCCACGACCAAGCACGCAACGACAACGCGCAAACAACAACCGAUACUGGCAACGCCAGCAUGCCCAAAACGAACGGCCAUGACCAGGAGAGCUCCGCCACCGGUAUCAGCUCCUCGCCGGCCGACACGUUGAUGGACAAGGAGAAACAAGCAGCACCCACACCCGAACCCUCGACCGAGAAGGCUGCCGUGCCUGACCCCGCGGCCUCGGUCGCGAGUGACACAGCCGAGGAUGAGUUCUUUGAUGACAACGACUCGGAGCAGAGGCGGCGGAACGAGAUGGUACAGCAGCUAGCGCGCACCUACACGUCCCGAUCUAACGCGUCGGCCGCCGCUGAUGAAUAUGGCAACGCAAACCCCUUCCUGAUUGCCAGCGAGGACCCGGACUCGCCCCUGAACCCGAGCGGCAACAACUUCAAGGCCUACGCCUGGGCCAAGGCCAUUGCAGGCAUGGUCGCGGCCGAGGGCGGUUCAUUCCGUACCAUUGGUAUUUGCUUCCAGAACAUGAACGUUUUCGGCUUUGGCGCCGCGACGGAUUUCCAAAAGACCGUGUCCAACGUCUGGCUCGAGGCGGCAAACAUGCUCAGGACGGCGGUGGGCAUGGGCAAGACAACAAGAAUUGACAUCCUGCGGGGUUUCAAUGGCGUGGUACGAAACGGCGAGAUGUUGGUUGUGCUGGGUCCACCUGGUUCCGGGUGCAGUACAUUCCUCAAAACAAUUGCCGGCGAGACAAAUGGGCUGAACGUCGACCAGAGCGCCUACUUUAACUACCAGGGGUUGUCGGCAGAGGAAAUGCACAAACGUCACCGAGGAGAGGCAAUCUACACUGCAGAAGUUGAUGUGCAUUUCCCACAGCUGUCGGUUGGGGAUACCCUUACCUUUGCUGCGAACGCAAGAGCUCCCCGCAGGGGCCCUCCAGGGGUCUCCAAGACGCUCUUCGCAAACCAUAUUCGCGAUGUUGUCAUGGCAAUAUUCGGAAUCUCACACACCAUUAAUACCCGCGUCGGCAAUGAAUAUAUCCGCGGUGUCUCUGGUGGCGAGAGAAAACGUGUGACCAUCGCAGAAGCUGCAUUGUCCGGCGCGCCCCUGCAAUGUUGGGACAACAGUACCCGCGGUCUGGACAGCGCCAACGCAAUCGAGUUUUGCAAGACACUCCGUCUGCAGACAAGGCUCUUCCAGACCACGGCAUGCGUAAGUAUCUAUCAGGCACCGCAAUCGGCAUACGACAUGUUUGAUAAAGCUGUCGUUUUGUACGAAGGUUAUCAGAUUUACUUUGGUCCCGCCGACGAGGCCAAGCAGUACUUUGUAAACCUGGGUUUCGAGUGCCCUGCUCGCGCCACUACUCCCGAUUUCUUGACUUCCAUGACAGCGCCACACGAGCGUAUUGUGCGUCCCGGCUUCGAGGGCAAGGCCCCGAGGACACCCGAGGAAUUCGCCAUCGCCUGGGAAAACAGCGCCGAAUACACGGCACUUCAAGCCGACAUUGAGGAGUACAAGAGUUCGCAUCCUAUCAACGGCCCUGAUGCCGAGGCAUUCCGCAAGUCCAGGGCGGCUCAGCAAGGCCGCGGUCAGAGGCCCAACAGCCCUUACACUUUGUCCUUUUACCAGCAGACCAAGCUAUGCCUCUGGCGUGGAUGGAAGCGUCUGCUGGGUGAUCCCACCCUCACGGUCGGCGCACUGUUUGCCAAUACCCUCAUGGCACUGGUUAUCUCGAGUAUCUUCUUCAACCUGCAAAUGACGACAUCCAGCUUCUUCCAGCGGGGUGCUCUUCUCUUCUUUGCCUGUCUGCUCAACGGAUUCGCUGCUGCUCUCGAGAUCUUGAUCCUCUUCGCCCAACGUCCCAUUGUCGAAAAACACGAUCGUUACGCCUUGUACCAUCCGUCCGCAGAAGCCGUGGCCUCGAUGCUUUGCGAUAUGCCCUACAAAGUCUUCAACGCCAUCGUAUUCAACCUCGUGCUCUACUUCAUGGCCAAUCUGCGUAGAGAACCAGGAGCGUUUUUCUUCUACCUCCUGAUCUCAUUUGCGACCGUUCUGGCCAUGUCCAUGAUGUUCCGUACCAUCGCUUCCAUGUCUCGUUCGCUUUCUCAGGCAAUGGUACCGGCUGCGGCAAUCAUCUUGAUCCUCAUCAUUUUCACCGGAUUCGUCAUCCCGCUCGACUACAUGCUGCCAUGGUGUCGAUGGCUCAACUACAUUGACAUCUUGGCAUAUUCUUUCGAGUCGCUGCUGAUCAAUGAGUUUGCCGGGCAACGUUACACCUGUACCGAGUUUGUUCCGCGAGCAGAGUUUCCCGGCUACGGUGAUCUCUCGGGGACCAACAGGGUCUGUCAAGCCGUGGGCUCUGUUGCUGGUCAACCAUUCGUCAAGGGUGAGGAUUACCUCUACAGCUCUUUCAGGUAUGAAUCGGCCAACAAGUGGCGAAACUUUGGCAUCCUGAUUGCUUUUAUGAUCUUCUUCUUGUUCACGUACAUGGUUGCGGCCGAGAAUGUGCGAGAGAAAAAGUCCAAGGGCGAGGUGCUCGUGUUCCGCCGUGGACAAAGGCCUGCUGCUAUCAAGGAUGCCAAGACGGACCCCGAGGCUGGGCCACCCAAGGUUGGCGGCGCAGUUGUGGCUGCCAACAUGACGGGAGAGAAUGCCGGUUUCAUCCAGAGGCAAACGAGCACUUUUGGUUGGAGGGAUGUCUGCUAUGAAGUUCAGAUCAAGAAGGAGACGAGACGCAUCCUUGACCACGUUGAUGGUUGGGUGAAGCCCGGAACUUUGACAGCGUUGAUGGGUGUUUCUGGCGCUGGAAAGACGACUCUGCUCGACUGCUUGGCAGACCGAACUUCGAUGGGAGUCAUCACGGGCGAAAUGCUCGUAGACGGCCACCAGCGAGACGCUUCCUUCCAACGCAAAACGGGUUACGUUCAGCAGCAAGAUCUCCAUUUGCAAACGACGACAGUUCGUGAGGCAUUGAACUUUAGUGCCCUGCUCCGCCAACCCGCCCAUGUACCCCGCGCCGAAAAGCUCGCUUAUGUUGACGAAGUGAUCCGACUUCUUGAUAUGCAAGAGUAUGCCGAUGCUGUCGUCGGUGUCCCUGGAGAAGGUUUGAACGUAGAACAGAGGAAGCGCUUGACUAUCGGAGUGGAACUCGCAGCCAAGCCCCCUCUGUUGCUAUUUGUUGACGAGCCAACUUCGGGAUUGGAUUCGCAAACCUCAUGGGCUAUCCUGGACCUGCUCGAAAAGCUCACCAAGAGCGGACAAGCAAUUCUCUGCACUAUCCACCAGCCGUCCGCCAUGCUAUUCCAACGUUUCGACCGGCUCUUGUUCCUAGCCAAGGGCGGAAAAACGGUUUACUUUGGCGAUAUUGGCGAAAACUCCAAGAUCAUGACGGACUACUUUGAGCGCAAUGGUGGCUUCCCCUGCCCCCACGAUGCGAACCCGGCCGAAUGGAUGUUGGAGGUUAUUGGAGCAUCGCCAGGAACUACGUCAGACAUCGACUGGCACCAGGCAUGGCGGGAGAGUCCCGAGUGUGCCGACGUCCACGCAGAGCUGGACCGACUCAAGGAGCAGGUUCCAAACACGCCACCCCCGACUGAGGACAAAGCCAGCUACCGCGAGUUUGCAGCGCCGUUCCACCAACAGAUAUACGCCGUGACUCACCGUGUUUUCCAGCAGUACUGGCGCACUCCGUCCUACAUAUACGCCAAGGCAGCGCUCUGUGCCGUCACGGCCUUGUUCAUCGGGUUUGUCUUUUACGACGCGCCCAACACACAACAAGGCCUGCAGAACCAGAUGUUUGCCAUCUUCAACAUCCUUACAGUCUUUGGCCAGCUUGUGCAGCAGACAAUGCCGCACUUUGUCAUCCAGCGUGACUUGUAUGAGGUCAGAGAGAGGCCGAGCAAGGUCUACUCGUGGAAGGUUUUCAUGCUGUCACAGAUCAUCGUCGAAAUCCCUUGGAACUCAUUGAUGGCUGUCAUCAUGUUCUUUUGUUGGUACUACCCCGUUGGCCUCGAGAGAAACGCCAUCUUGGCCGACCAGGUCACCGAGCGCGGCGCUCUGGCAUUCCUGUACCUGUGGGGUUUCUUGAUCUUCACAUCGACCUUUACCGACCUGAUGAUUGCCGGUUUCGAGACGGCCGAGGCUGGUGGCAACAUUGCGAACCUGUUCUUCUCCCUUUGUCUCAUCUUCUGUGGUGUGCUUGCGAACCCGGACACCAUGCCGAGAUUCUGGAUUUUCAUGUAUCGCGUCUCGCCAUUCACCUACAUCGUGUCUGGCCUGUUAUCCGUCGCCGUGGCAAACAGCGAGGUUCGGUGUGCGAGCAACGAGUUCCUUCAUUUCGACCCCUUGAAUGGGACAUGCGCAGAGUUUAUGAGAAACUACAUCAACGGCACGACCAUCCCCGGCUUGGGGAGAAUUCCAGGCGCUGGGGGUUACCUGCGCCCGGACACGGAAUCGUCGAGGUCCAACUGCGCCUUCUGCCCCAUCAAGGAUACCAACAUCUUCCUUCAGGGCGCACACGCCAACUACAACGACCGGUGGAGGAAUUUUGGGCUCAUCUUUGUAUACAUUAUUUUCAACAUCAUCGCCGCCCUCUUUGUAUACUGGGCUGUGCGUGUGCCCAAGAAGAAGCUCGGUGGCAAGGAUGCCGCUGCUGGUGUGGGUGCGGGUGCGGGCGCUGCAAGAGCGAGCGCUAGCAACGAGAAGGGCAAGAUGCAACGAGAAAAGGGCGAGGUGGAGGGCCUGACGACUGCCGUUCUGGGGACGAGCGUUGCUGGCAGUGAUGCGCCAAUGACGACGACGACGGAGGGCGAGGGCGAAAGGGCGAAGCGGAGAACCAGUGGUGAUGAAGUUGUGAGGUGAUAGAGGUAGAGAGAAGUGCAGCCUGGCUGGGUCCGCUCGCUUUUUUUUUUUAUUGAGUAUUGCAACACUGGCUUAGAUGGCGUUCUUUGGAAAGUAACCAGUCGUUGGAGAACAACGUAUGUUUCCUGAAAAGUGGACUUUGAAUGUCGCGACAUUUCAGCGGAAAGAAACUAUUGUCUUGCAUCCAAGGGGAACGGGCGCAUGGACUGCUUGCUGUCUGACAUCUACCAAGUAUGUCUCUUUUAAUUUUUAAGUAAUUAUAUAUCUUCAGUAUCUGUCUCGUUACAUGACUGCUGCGAUGGUUGACAACGCUCGCUAUCUG